UUAACAUCGUAAAUUUUGUUAGAAUUUUCUUUCCGUGUACAAUGAGAAAAAAAAAUCUAAUGGACACAUAGAUCAGACGCCCGACACUCCCCGAAUACUCGGGUCUGGAAUUGUUCUAGGUUGCUUUGUUUAUUCAAAACCCUUUUUUAUUAUGGCCCGUUUAUUUAUAUGAUCCCCGGGGAUUUAUUGCAGUAUUGAUUGUACGACUGCGCAUCCUUAAUUACUGAACCCGGAAAUCUGUUGACAGGAGAUUCAGUCCCGCUCAAACUCUCUUACAAGCUUGUAACGAACCAUCUCCUAUAAAUAAUAACUAACUUGUCAAUAAACUUAAAUAAAUAAACAGUUUCCUAAUAAAAAAAAAUAAAUUGCUCAUAUUAAACAGGAAAUAUGUUUCGGAAAUUAUAUUCAUUCAUUUACAAGAGCUUUCCAAAAUCAAGAUCUUCAGUACUAAUAGCCGGAGUUCUCUAUGUCGCCAUGUGUUUUGGAUUGAUUCUGGGAACAUUGGUGGUGUUCUCAUUACGCCCGAAUAAUUCAAGCAACGCCAUUCACGGAAAUAAUACUACGGAAAUUGGAAUUUCUGAAAAUACUGAGAGCAAGCUGGCUAUGAUAGGAAGAUUUUUGUUUGAGCAUUCUUAUAUUUCGACAAAUACUUAUUGUGCAAUUUGGGGAACAAUAUGCAUGAUGAGACGUACACAUACGGGAGAAUUACAUUUGAAUUCAUUUUCAAUGUUUUUACUAGUAAUGAUUUCGGAAUUCAUUGUUCAAGGAUAUUAUCUGCGGUCAUGGCUUGAAAUUGAUUUACCAUUUAUUUAUAAUUGUAUUAUUCUGUUUAUAGCUGCAACUACUUGUUCAGUACAAUUAUAUAUGACUAUGACUCUCCUUUUGCACUUCCUGGACCAAAAAGUUGAACUUCGUAUGCUACCGAGAAAUCAAGGAACUGAAGUGAUAGUAGAAGAAAAAUUCCGCAUGCAAAUUUCCACAUCAUGUCCACUUGUUCUCCAACAGGAUAUUGAGAUGAUCUCAGAUGAGUCAAAUCUAUCAAAAGACGUUUAAAUUUUAUAAUAAGAUAGAUUAAUUAUUUUUUGUGUCAAGUAAUUAUCAUAUAUUCGUGUUUUGAAACCCGUCCAAAUAUUUAAAAGUCCAAUUGGUGUAAAAAAUAUUAAACAAAAUAUACAACUAUUCUAUACAUUUAUAUUAGGGUGGGACAAAAAAACCAAUUUUAUUUUAUUUAAAUACCACGAAAAUAUCGUUUAAGAUGGUGAAAAAAACAUUUUAUAUAAAAUACGGCCGUGUGGUAACACUUACUACAACAAUUUACCGCAUUCAUAAAUAUUAUAAAGUACACAACCUUUUUUCAAAUUUUUGGAAAUAGACUAUCGAGACAAAAAGCGGGACAGCUAAGAAAAUUUUGAAGUUUCAACAAUGAAUUAAGUUGAAAAAACUGAGAUAUUGAAUUUAAAAAAUUUCAGUUGAGUUUAAAAAUUUUUAGCUUCUGAUUUAGAUUAAUUUACCAAAGGAAGUAAUUAUCGGCCGCUAUUAAUGGGUGCACUGCUAUACCCAUACAGGAGCUGCCAGAGUUGAACAACGGGCCCCUACUUGGCCCAGCACCGGGGAACCUAGCUUUGGCACACCUAUAUUGGCCCAGGCUUGGGCCAAGACUGGGUAACCUAGCCUUGGCCGUCCAAUGGCAACCCAGACUUGGGCCAAGGUAGGAUUACUCAAGUUUGGAUAUACCUAUGGUUUAUAUAACUAGAUCAUAUAAAUGUACCAGUUCAACGUUAGUAGGUUCGUCUAGUAGCUACCGUUCGGACCCAGUAAUCAGAAGGACGGCAGUUCGCGCCCAGAGUCCAGCAGAAUUUCCACCAAGUUUUUUUCACAUCAUUUACCUCCCUUAGAUAAUUAAAACGUUAAUGAUCAUGAAUUCUACGAGGUUAAUAAUAAUAAAUUUUUUUAAAUUAAAUUUAUUCGUUUCCUGGAAGCCUGGGCCAGGUCUGGCAACCAAGCAUGGGCCAGGUCUGGCAACCAGGCUUGGCCCGAGAUUAUCAUUCCAGGCUUCUACCAAGGCUGGGCCAAGACUGGGUUACAAGCCUGGCCCGAGGUUCUACAAAGUUGGGCCAAGUCUGGGCCAAGCCUGGGCCCGUGUUACUUUCCUCUCUGGGUAGGUCUCGUUACCUUAUAAACAAUAUUAUAAUUGAAUCCAAUACAAAUAACAGAAUCAAUUUGAUAUAAUUAUUUAAUAACGUAAGAUGGACGGUGGUGGUAGAAGGUUCAUCUAAGUCAUAGAGUUCCAGGUCGGGAACUUUAUGUACUUCAAAGGAGAAAUCGGAGUGUUCAGAGCUUGUGUUCGAACCCAACUCAAAACAUACCGGUCUGCCUCGAUUCACUUUAUUCUACAUAAAAUUUGCUUUAAUUUGAUAUAAUUUUUAAUUUUUUUUUUUUUUUCAAAAGCUCAAACUUUGCCAGAAUUUUUUUUUCAUCAUCGUGACUGAUCUUUUCACGGUAACUAGUUUUCUAUAAAGAAAAAAAAAUUAGUUUUUUUUUUGGACCCACCCUAGUUUAUAAAUACGUUUGUCUCAAAUAAAAAUUAUAUAUACAUAAUAUAUCAUGAUAAAUGUGUUGUUAAAAUAUAUAGAAUUUAAAAAUUGUUCAAAUUGUGAAUGACGAUACAAAUUUACGUAAAGGAUACACUAUUACUAGAGCUGUGCAAAUAAUGUUAGAAUCGAAUUGAAAAAGUAUUAUAUAUUCAAUUUACUUUCUUCGAUUCGACAUAUCUCGAGAAUAUAUAUGUAUAAAAAAAUAACCAAAGAUGGGCAUCGAAUAACUUCUAGUAAAAAGAAUUAAAAAACGAUUUUGUUUUUAUGUUACUUUGAUUUAUUUUUCUUCUAAGAUCACAGACUAUUUUCAGAUAGUCUAACAAUACAUAACAAUACUUUUUUCUGAGUAUCCUCAGUGGAAAAUAUAAUAUUUUACACGAAAAUGUAUGAGUAAAGUACUUUAUUUGCAAUUUAUUGUAUCUUUUUAAAUUAAAAUUUAAAUAUAUCAACUGUACAUCAAAUUAUUUAGAUUUAUUACUCUAAAGUGUACUUCGAUAUUAUCGGUAGUACUUAUCUGAUAUUACUUUGAGAUAAUAUUUUGAGACUAUUUGAAGAAAUUACGUGAUUUUAGAAAGAAAAUAAAUUAAAAUCAUAGAAUAAAAAUUGUUUUUUAAUUUUUUUUACUCGAAGUUAUCCGAUGCCCAUCUUCGGUUAUGGCUCAAAAAUUUUGUUUUUCAACAUAGAAUUUUAGGAAUUUUUUUGAAAAAAAUUAAAAGUGUCCCAUUGAACAAAAAACUAAUUUUUUGACUAAAAAUAGCUGAAAAUGCAUUACAAAAUUUUUUUUUCCAGAUUUAAAAUUUUUUUUUUGCAAGAACGUUAAAAAUCCAACAAAACGACCCACCAUGACGUGAGAUUGUCAUAACUAUUGUCAAAGUUAUAUCCUUUUUAAGCAUAAAUUAUAACUCUGGAAGGGGUGGAGAUAACGAGAUAAAAAUUAAGCUCAAGACUUCUUUUUACACGUAUGAAAACAUAUUAAAAAAUCGAAAUGGGUCACCGUCACAAUGUCGUUAAAUUGAGAUGGAAUGACCCAAACAUAAAUACAUAUAUUUUUUUUUUAUUUAUAAACAUCUCAAAAAAACCAAAAUUGUGAUUUUUAUGUACAAUUAUGUCUUACCUCGCAAAUUCAAGCUAUUGAUAAAAUUAUGUAGUCGCACUUUAUAACCACCCGAUAAAAAAGAUUUCAUACAAUUGUAUAAAAUUAUAUAUUAUUUGGAUAGAAAAAAUGGCACAAUUGAAAUGUAAAAUUAUAUCUAAUUGUAUAAAAUCAUAUACAAUCGUAUAAAAAUUGUAUACAAGUAUAUACAUUUGUAUGUAAUCACAUACUG